CAUAAACUUUCUUUAUUUCUUCUUCUUUUCUAGGAAAAAAAUAUGGUCUCCAUAGAAAUGGUUCAAGCAACCUCUAGAUCCAUUGAUCAAACUUCGAGUCCUCGAAUUUCUUUCUCUGCAGAAUUUCUUGAUGAAAACAACUUCAUUUCCAUUAGUCCAAAUCCACAGGCUGAAAAAGACCAAGAAUUGGAAAGAGAAAAGGCAAGAAAUGCAGAAUUUGAGUUCCUAUCAAGCAACAUGAGUAGCCAUGCCAUGUUAACUGCGGACGAGCUCUUUUUUGAUGGGAAGUUACUUCCCUUCUGGCAAAUGCAGCAGUCUGAGAAACUUCAUAAAAUCAGUAUCAAGAGUAAAGAAAGUGAAGAAGAAGAAGAAGAAGAAGAAGAAGGGGAAGAGGAGGUGAACAAGGAGGAGUCUAGGGUAAGUUGGUUUGUUGAUGAUGACCCAUCUCCAAGACCUCCAAAAUGCACUGUUCUCUGGAAAGAAUUGCUAAGGUUAAAGAAGCAACGUGCUUCUUCUCUGUCACCAUCAUCAUCUUCCUCCUCAACGUCAUCUUCUUCCAGCUCCUUAGCCGAUAUCGUUGCCACAGAAGAAGGGAAGCAAGGGUCUGGCAAUAGACAGAAGCAAGGGAAAAGGAUGAAGAAAGGACUGGAGAGAACAAGAUCAGCUACUAUUAGGAUAAGGCCAAUGAUAAAUGUGCCCAUUUGCACGCAGGUGAAGAGCAGCGCCUUGCCACCUUUGUUUCCCCUUAAGAAGGGGAGAUUAGAAAGGUGAGGAGGAGAAUGUGGGUAGCUCAAGCUUGUCUCUGUUCUGCAGGAUUGUCUAAUAUGUUGAUUUCUUAGCAGUUCUUUUGUUUCAUUUCAACUUCAGAUUUUUUCGCCCUCUAGUUUUAUGUCUAGAUUAUUUUUAAUUACAAUGGAUCUGAUAAAUUAUAAUGUAAAUGAUGAUUAUAUAUGUUAU